CCAGGAAUAAUCGCUCUGCAGAAUGAAGACGCCUGUGAAGAUGCUAUCGUGAUCACUACUCUUAACUCCGUUCCCUUCUGUUGUCACGAAGACCUUCUUACCAUGUCGCACUCCCAGCUGGUUCUUGUUGCUACCACGCUCAACACUAAACUUCCCGCUCUGCUUCGUAUCGACGUAAGCCUUAAUCGUUCCGACAGUUUCAUUCGGAACUCCAUCGAAGUCAUCGUC